AGGCGUCUCUAGUGGACACCUAAAGUGGGACUUGAGUGUGUGUGUGUGUGUGUGUGUGUGUGCAUGCAUGUGUGCAAGCAAGCAACUCGCAUAGUCUCUAAUAUUCACACAAGAUGGCGAUGGAGUGGAGGGAGACUCAGCUCCCCUCUUAAAUGUUCUUCUUCUGGACAUUCAAAGAGUCCUGCUUUCCCCCCCCCCCCCGGAGAUUUUAAGGGUUUACAUGGCGCUGGAGGACUUGCUUUGUCUCUGUUUUUUCUCUUUGACCGUCUGUGUCCUGGCUGUGGAAGGGAAGCUGGUGCAGGGGGAUUCUCUGGAGCUGAGCUGCAGUGCUGCCUCUGCAAAGGUGACAUUAGACCCGAGCCAAGCCGUGGUGCUGGACUGUAACCUGGCUUCUGUCGAGCAGUUGAUCAAUAUCACAUGGAAGAAGAAUGGGUUCCCAUUAGUGGAGCAGGAGCAUCUUCGUGUGCUUCCAAAUGGAUCACUCUUCAUAUCGUCCCCAACUGCUGCUAAGGAGAGUAAAUAUCCUGAAAGGACUGGUGCAGAGGGUAAUUACUCCUGUGUUUCCCAGAGCUCCCUAGGCGCGGUUGCCAGUCAAACGACUGCAGUUAGGUUUUCAAGUUUAUCGCGUUUUUUUCAACAGCCAGAGACUCAGAUAGUGGAAGAAAAUGGUAUGGCCCGAUUUGAGUGUCGGAUCGAAGGAUCACCCUCCCCUGUCAUCACCUGGGAGAAGGAUCAAGCGGCUGUUCCUGCAGAGCCCAGGUUUAUAACUCUUCCCAAUGGCAUCCUCCAAAUCGUAGAUGUUCAGGAAAGCGACGCUGGGGUUUAUCACUGCAUAGCGACCAACGCAGCACGGAAACGCUACAGUAACGAGGCUAUUCUUAGUGUCUUAAAAGGUUCCCAACCAGCUGUGACUCGAGAUGUUGCUAUUGUUGCUGCUCCGGAGAACACCACAGUGGUAGUUGGAGAGAGUGCAGUCAUGGAGUGUAUGGCCUCUGCAGAUCCCACCCCAUUUGUCUCUUGGAUACGACAGGAUGGGAAGCCUAUUUCCAUGGACGUGAUUGUGUUAGGCCGGACCAACCUCCUAAUUCCUCAGGCCCAGCCCCAUCACUCUGGCGUGUACGUCUGUCGGGCGAACAAACCCCAGACCCGGCAGUUUGUUACAGCUGCUGCUGAGCUCAGUGUCCUCGCACCUCCCAGCAUCUCCCAGUCUCCCGAAACCAUUUCCCGCACCCGUGCCAGCACUGCCAGGUUUGUCUGCAAAGCAGAAGGGGAGCCAGCCCCCAUCAUCCACUGGCUGAAGAACGGAGAGCCCAUCCUGUCCAAUGGCCGGGUGAAAAUUCCGAGCAGUGGCAGCCUGGUGAUCAACCAGAUCGGGCUGGAGGAUGCAGGCUAUUACCAGUGUGUGGCGGAGAACAGGCUGGGGAUGGCAUGUGCCACGGCCAAGCUCUCGGUCAUUGUGCGGGAGGGCUUGCCAAGUGCUCCCAAGAAGGUGUCCGCUGUCUCCCUGUCCAGCACCACUGUCUUAGUGUCCUGGGAGCGUCCAGAGUACAACAGCGAGCAGAUCAUUGGCUUUUCCUUGCAUUAUCAGAAGGCCCUGGGAACUGAUAAUGUGGAAUACCAAUUUGCUGUCAAUAAUGAUACCACUGAACUUCAAGUGAAAGAUCUGGAACCCAAUACCAAUUAUGUUUUCUACAUGGUUGCAUACUCCCAGCUAGGAGCCAGUCGGACGUCCUCUUCCAUUAUCAUGCGGACACUAGAGGAUGUUCCCAGCGCUGCUCCUCAGCUGUCUCUGUCGAGUACAACCCCGGCUGACAUCAGAGUGACGUGGCUGCCUCUCCCUCCGGAGCUGAGCAAUGGGAAGAUAACGAAAUAUAAAAUUGACUACUGCACCCUCAAGGAAGAUCAGAUCUCCUCCACCGAGGUGGGUGCAAAUGAGACGCAAAUCACCCUUGAGUCGCUCCAUCCCAAUAAAGUCUACAAAGUGCGCAUUGCAGCCAGCACCAGUGCAGGGUAUGGGGCCCCGUCGGAGUGGACACAGCACCGUACUCCUGACAAGGACAACCAAACACACGUUCCGUUUGCCCCGACAGAAUUAAAAGUCCGAGCGAAAAUGGAAUCCCUCCUGGUCACUUGGCAGCCUCCAGCCAACCAUGCCCAGAUUUCAGGCUACAAGCUGUACUACCGGGAAGUGGGCACAGAAGAGUCAAGUGACGAAAACCCCUCUGAUGGCACGGAAGAGGAGAGCUGGGAUGUGGGGCCCAUAAAGCUAAAGAAGAAAGUGAAGCAGUAUGAGUUAACUCGACUAGCCCCGGGGAGACUCUAUGAGGUGAAGCUGGUGGCAUUCAGUAAGCAUGAAGAUGGCUACGCGGCUGUAUGGAAGGGCAAAACGGAAAAGGUACCAGUGACGGCAGUAGACCCUCCAGUUCAGAAGGGCCCCCCACUGCCCCCAGCCCAUGUCUAUGCAGAGUCCAACAGUUCGACCUCAAUUUGGCUCAGGUGGAAGAAACCAGACUUCACGACUGUCAAGAUCGUCAAUUACACCGUGCGUUUCAGCCCUUGGGGACUGAAAAAUGCCUCUCUUGUCACUUACUACACAAGUUCUGAUGAAGCUAUUCUCAUCAGCGGAUUGAAACCCUACACCAAGUAUGAAUUUGCAGUCCAGUCUAAUGGAGUUGGGAUUGAUGGACCGUUCGGCAGUGUGGUGGAGAGGUUCACCCUUCCUGACCGGCCGUCGACGCCUCCAUCCGACCUCAGGCUGCAGCCGAUCAACCCAUAUGCCGUGCAGGUGCAUUGGUGUCCUCCAGUCGAACCCAAUGGCAUCAUCGUGGAGUAUGUCAUCCUGUAUAAUGCAAACAACACGCAGCCCGAUGACAUGUGGACUCUGCUGAGGAAAGAAGGAAAUACUUUCAGCACUGAGGUGCAUGGCUUGGAGAGCGACACCAGGUAUUACUUCAAGAUGGGAGCAAAGACCAUUGUAGGAUCCGGCCCGUACUCGAACGUAAAGGACGUGCACACCCUUCGCGAGAAGCGGUCAGAUGUUCUGGAUAUCCGCUCGGUCACCGGGAUCAUCGUGGGACUCUGCUUAGGUCUCCUCUGUAUACUCUUCUGUAUGUGUGCCAGUUUCCGCAGCAGCAAGCAGAGGGAUGCUCUGCCAGGGCUGGAUUCUCAAGCAGCUGGGAAUCACAGAUCCUAUCACCAGGGCAGGCAGGGACCGCCCAGGCCCAGCACCAAGUCUGAUUCUCAUGAGCUGGAAUCGCUCAUGUCCCCGCCCUCUGAAGAGGUUCCCUUGCCCCUGGUGGACAUCACAGAGCUGACAGAAGUACACAGCCUCAUCCACACCAGCCUUCCAGAUGACGGCAUCCACGGGAUAAGAAAGUCUACAUGGAAUAAAUCAAUUAAUCAGAACUGGGCAAAUAGCAUAGCCAGAUGUGGAGAUGCCAUUACAAAGGAGCCUACUGCUGCUGUGAAUGGAACACUGAAGCCACCUUCUAAUGCAGGACAAAAGCUUUUGCUACAAGCCCUGGUGUACGAUGCUGUUACGAAUGAAGUGAUGAAAAAUCAACCACACAUCAGCCUCCAUCAAGUGGAAGCCGAGGUCAUCGUCCAUUCCGAUUUCUCGGCCUCUGGCAGGGACUGCGACUCUCAGCUUCACACGCUGGAUGCUGAAGAAACGGAGCCUGAGGAUCACAGCCCAGAAAACGUCCCCUCCGAUGAGCAGCCCCUUCACACCUCCCCAAACUCCAAGCAAAAUGUCAGCAAAGCAUUUGUGGACUGCCAAGGCAAACCUGAGCUUCAGACCCAGGACGCCAUGUUAAGUACUGACAGAAAGACUAACAAAAUGGAAGCUGUCGGCCCUCAUGGGCUCACCAACGGCUUCCACAAGCACGGAGAAAGUCUGGACUCUAUGGAAAGCGGGGAUUCGGACUCUCUUCAAGAAGACAGAGGGAAUGUACAACAAGUCAAGUGCCAAGCUUUUCCCACAGGCCAGCAGGACGCCCCUCUGUGUAGUAUCUCUGCGCUAAUCAAUUCAUCCUCAGCAUCUGAGAACGUGACGCGUGUCCAUAACCAUUAAAGAGGAAAUUAAUCUGAUUUUGACCAUGGGAGAGCUAGCAGAAGUAGGUUUCAGUUACGGGGGGCCAGAUCCGGAGAGAUACUGUGUGCCCUCACCUUGCAGUGAAUUCGGUGGGGCUGAGGGUGCUUAGCACCUUAGAGACUCAGGUUCCUGGACAGAUGAACAGCCCUAAAUUCACACGAAAUAAGUCAAUAUGUAGAUUGCUGUGGGCCUACUCCAGUGCCCAUUGAAGUGACUAAAAUCGAAUCUUCUGCCCACACCCUGUGCCAUUGUUUCCUUUUAUUCCAUGAUGGGGAGUGCCGGGACAUUUUUCACGGUAGAAAGAGGGAGACUACAUUAAGCGUAUCUUCUCCAAUGUUGCUCUUUGCCAGGGAGGGCCGCAGCCAAAGGGGUUGAGACAAACACCAGCCGAAAGGCAAUUAGCCGUAGCCAGCGGCCUUCUCCACUCGCCCAUGGUUAAAAUGAUUUUAAUGAUCCCUUUGUACACUACCACAGUAAAUAUUACUAGCAGGCUGAUGUAGUGGCCUUUUAUUACACACUCUGCGAGUGCCUCUAACAACUUGUACUAUAUAGAACCUUCUUCAGCGUCUCGGUCACUUCACCAAGCUGGACUUUGUGUUACGUAGGUUCUUGUACCUAUCAUUUUAGGUACGUCUCUCUCCUUUUAAUGUACGACAAUGUAUUUUUAUUUCCUCGGAGCAUCUUUAUAUUAUUUAAUUUUAUAAAGUGGAGUAGCGUGUGGUAUAGAGUAGCAUUUUUACUACUUCUCUCUUUAUUUUUUCCUCCUUAACAACACAACUACCUCAUGUCUGUUGGAGAAAAAAAAAAAGCAGUAGAUUUACUCUUUUGUUAUAGUCCAUUUUAGUUUUUAACUUAUUCUUAUACUGCCUUUUUCUAAAGAAUAUGUUUGCACUGGUUUUUGACUAUUUUUUAAUGAAUAGUGCUUCAGGUGUCAAGUCUCUCUCUUUCUUUUGUUUCUUUUGAAUACAUUAUGGCAGGACCACCUGCCCUAGGACUGGCUCGUGGGGCAUGUUUGACUGUUAGAACCAUGUGCUUUGCAAAAAGGCCAUCUCAGAUGGGGCCAUGGUUAGCAUUUUGUUUUUAAGGGGCUCAUGCUGGUAAAGAAAAUUAAGAGCUGAAGUUUUCAAACGGGAUUUGGGGAGCGUCAGUUUGUUAGGGCCCAAUAUGAGACAUAGAAUCAUAGAGUAUCAGGGUUGGAAGAGACCUCAGGAGGUCAUCUAGUCCAACACCAACUAAAGAGGCCAGAUUGCCUGAGUGUGGGUACAAAACAGUUUCUGAAAAUUGGGUCCCUUUAAAGUGGGUCAAAUUCAGCAGCCAAAAUCACAAGUCACUUCUGACAAUCUUGGCCAAAAUGGAUUUUCAGGGUGUGCGUCCUGGGGGAAAGCUGGGGCGUCCGCUUUCCUGCUCAAGGAGACUGACUUACUCGGAGACAACCCGUGCCUGCUGAUAGUGGGGGGGCAGAGUGAGGGCAACCAGCUUCAGCAAUGUUACUGAGCAUGCUCAAUUCGUGUCAGCAUGCUCAAUACAAGGCAAGCCGCAAAUCUGGGCGGGGGGUGGGGACGGGCAUAUGACCCCACAUGCCUCUCGCCAUGCAUCACCUCUGCUUACACUAGCUGUCAUAAAGCUAGCGCCCUAAAAAUGGAGUGUAGCCACGGGCAGGCGAGCUGUGGGAGGGGCGAGCAUCCCCGACUACAGACCCAUGCCACGUACUCGUGUAGCUAACCUGUUGCACCACACUCCGCUCUAUUUUUAGCAUGCUAAGUCGAUGGCCACUAGUGUGAGUGUGUCUCCUGCCGCUGGGAUUCGCACCCGCUGCUCGGAGUGAGGCCAUCCCCUUAAAAGGACAGAGCCACGUUAAAAAAAAUCGUUCUUUCUUGUUCAAAUAGUACCUUGAAUGAUCACAGACAGACUUUAAAUAAUUUCAUUUACUCUUCAUUAUUUAGACUGUUUACUGAGGGCAUUUCUCUCUGCUUGACCCUUUGAAAAGAAAGGAGUCAGUUUCUCUUCAUUCCUACCCUGUCUUAGCUCAGUUUCAGAUUCUCAAAACACAGCCACGUUUGAAUAGCGAACAUUGCAGACUGGGCCAAAUCCUGAGACGUGCUGAGGAUCUGCAUUUCCCAUUGAAUUCAUUGGACAUUGCGGAUGCUGAGGAGAUGCUCAGCAUUUCUUCAGAUUUAGCCAUUUGUUGGUUAAACAGCGAAGCAAAACAAAAAACAAAAAAAACCCCAAACCCUGCUUCCAUUGGAAUUAGCCAGAAAAAUAUCAUGGAGACCUUUGUGCUGAUCUGAGGCUUUGUAAAAGCCUUUUUUUACAUCUCAGUGCAGAUUGUGAUACAGGAUUACCCUUGUGAGCAGAGGGGAACCCUGUACUCCCUGGGCAGCCCUGCAGUCUGGCCCUAUAAUUGGAGCUGAAUUGACCUGACUGCAUCCCUUUAUUUCAUCAUUAUUUGCUUGCAGAAUGUCCCAUUGGCAGUGACUGUCAUGGACAAGAGUCCGCAAAGGCCACUGUUUCCUCUGUUCUGGUAACAGAUGCCUUCCUCUCCCAUCAACUCUGAUAGGGAGUAGAGAGAGGGGACUCUCCCUCCUGCGGUGGAUUUUCUUUCCGUGGUGUGUGCCUGUAACUCCCAUUCACGUUCAUGGCAUUUACUGGUGCAAGUCAAGGAAAGAAUCAGAUCCCUCUUGAGCAGUCCGAUCCUGCCCUGGCUACUCACUCAAGGCUCCCUUUCAUUCCAAGUGGAACCCGGUGUAUGUGUACACAGUGAUAGGAUUGUAUUAAAAGGGCCCUGUCCAACACGCAGUCAAGCCAAUGGAUCGGGCCCUGGUAGGCUAUAACCUGAGUCUGAGGAUCUUGCUUUCCCCUGCCUUUGGCCACCCUUCUCUAGCAUAUAACUUCUGUCCCCAGUAAUGGUGUCUGUCACAGCUCUGUCUUUCCAUUCCCUGCCCAGCCCCAAAGACGGUUUGGAGCCUAGAGUAGCCUCUUGAAUGCCACUCUAUGAGCAGCUGCAAAGUGGUAUGAAAGGUACCACCAUGCUGAAGGAGCAAGCAGCACUAGAGCUUGUCUGUACAGAGAGUUACUGCGUGGCAAGCCGGGGUAUCAGUCUACAGCGCUCCAGCCCACUGCACACUAACUGGCUGGGUGGACCCUGCUACCCUGUGGCCCUGCUUUGUAGUAGUUCAAAGUGCACUAGGGGACUUUGUGUGCACAGCAGCCUAGAAUGCUACACCCCAGCUUGCUGCUCUCUGCCUCUCCAUACAGACAAACCCUGAGAUCCCUGUUGAACAGGCCGAUCGCUCGUAACCAUCAUUUGUUAGACCCUCAGGAACACCCGCCCCAAUACCAUGGGAUGACAGGGUCAGUGAAGGGGGCUGUUAUGCUCAAGAACUAAAUUUAAAAAAAAUGAGUAGCUCUGCUAUUCCAAAAGAGCCUUUUUCGAGGCACGUGGUAUGUGCCUGGUUCUGAAUGAGGCCUCCACCUGGCUUCCUGUUUUCUGGGUGGAAAUUUCACACUUACAAUUUCGUGAGGCAAAUACAUGCAGGUGCCACUGUCUCUGGUGCCAUGUGGGAUAGCAGCUGCCAAUCACGUCUUAAUGACCUCAGCCAUGCCUACAUUUCUUUCCAUACAUGUCGAUAGGUUUUAAAUUAAGUGGAAUCACUCAGGAAAUAGACUUAGCUGCCAAUACAGCCAUUGCAAUGGAAACGUGCUCGGUGAGCAGCAGCGGUCAAAGGAGAGAGGAAAAAGAAAAAAAAAAAGCAAAACCAGAUGUUAGGCUUAAUUAAGAAAGGGAUAGAGAAUAAUGCUGAAAAUACUGAGUGUCAUUGUCAAAUCAGUGAU